GAUGUGGGCGCAACACCUUAAUGGAGAUACUUUCCAUCGCACAACAAGCCGUUCCCACUUUGCAGAUGAUGUGUAAUCUUUUGCAUGUUGUCAUUAGCAGGGGCAUUAUCUAAGGUGACUGAAAACACUCUUUGCUCUAACCCCAAUCAAAAAUCUUCUUGGCUAUUGUUCACCGGUAUGGGGGGGGGGGGGGGGGUUUGAUAUCGCAAAAUGCCAAGAUGUGACUGUGUAACUUCCAUUUCUUAUCGAUAUAAUGAUCAGUUAGACAGAUAUAACCCCUUACUUGGCUACGACUCCUCCACAAAUCAGAAGUAAAAGACACUCGAUCAUGGUAACUCGCAAACACCUCUUUCAACUUCGGAUUUUCUAUUUUAAAUCUUUUAUACACCUCCCUACUUGCGGUUUGUCUACAUAUAAGCUCAGAGUCUAGAUUAAGAUACUUAUCUCUCUCCCUAACCUUUUCAUAUUCUACAUAGCGUAAAGGAAGGUCAUGAUAAGUUAUAAUCUCAUAAACCAUUUCCUAAUCAACUUUGUGAUCAUAUGCAACAACUUUGGUUCCAGUUUUUUCUGGACAAGAGCGUGAAUGGCGUAUCAUUGUUGAUGUUACAUGAGUCUUAUCUAUGUACUCUACCCCUACUGAUGUAAAGUGUAGCCAACACUACAUGUUUAGGACAUUUAGCCCUUGGAUUCAUAAGAACUUUUCACUACAAUAAACCGUAGCAAACACAAAGAGCAUUUCCAAUCCAUUUUUUUUUGAAACAUUUCUAAUCCAAUUUAUAUUUGACUUUAUAAUAGUAUUUAGAAUCAAAUGUAUUCCAAAUCUAACUCUCUUUUCUCUUCUAAAAUAGUAUUUUUAUGUUUUAAUCUAUUUUAAGAAAUUAAUAUUAUGGAGAAAUAUUUGUUUUGAACAACAUAUUUUAGAGAAAUAUAUUAAAACAAAUUCAUUUUCUAUUAUAGAAUUCUUCUAUUCUAGAAAAAAGAAUAACAAAAUACAUCGAAUAUAGUCUAAGACAUGAUCCUAGUUUUCUCAGAUCAUUAUUAACUUUUCUUCUCAAACCUGGAGUUUAAAAUUUAUGUCAAUCAUUACCACUAGGCUACUACUGAUUGGUUAUGAUUUUAACCUUUGUUGUCCUCUGUUAAUGACUAAUAACUUCGGUGUCUCUAUACUUUCUCCUGGUAUAAUAGAAUCUACAUAAUCCCCUAUCAUUGUUUUGGCUGGUCAAGACCUAAUAAGAUUAGUCCAGUUUUCAAACUCAGAGUAACCAUAAAUCUAAUGCCCACUAUGGAAUAAUUGGAGAUAGUUUAUCAAAGUGGGAAGCGUUGACAUGACUCUGCCUCUAUUCCAACUACAUGAAUCAUGAACCUAAUCACAAAAAAAUACUAUGUUUGACAAAAUGAAAUAUUUGAAUUGUGGUAUUGAAUGUUGAUUUAAUAUUAAACCAGCAUGAUCAGACUAACGUGCAAGCUCCCAUUACCUUAAAUCAUAAAGAGCAGCACAAUUCUUGAGAAAAUAAUCAAAGGAUCAUCCUCUAUAUCUAAUGACAAUUUUAAGUUCUCUUUCAUGGAUAAGCUUUCUUCUUCUACUCUUUCUUGUUCAUGGUCAACACCAAUCUGGUUUUGUCAGUAUAGAUUGUGGUAUACCUGAUGAUUCGAGCUACAAUGACGAGACAACAGACAUAAAGUAUGUUUCCGAAUCAACGUUUGUUGAGUCAGGAACAAGCAAGAGCAUAGCUCCUGAGCUUAAGGCAAAUACUUCUCUUGCAAGACAGUUUCACAAUCUAAGAAGCUUCCCUGAAGGUAAGAGAAACUGUUACAAAGUGUUGCCUCAACAAGGUAAAGGAUUUAAGUAUUUGAUCAGAACCCGUUUCAUGUAUGGAAACUAUGAUGGACUCGGAAAAGCACCACCCGCUUUCGACCUCUAUCUAGGUGUUAAUCUAUGGGAUUCUAUUGUUCUUGACAAUUCAACAACUAUAAUAACCAAAGAGAUCAUACACACUCCUUCUCUAGACCAUUUUCAUGUUUGUCUUGUUGAUAAGAACAGAGGAACUCCUUUCUUGUCUGUUUUGGAAGUAAGGUUCUUGAAGAACAAUACUUAUGAGACUCCUUAUGAAGCUCUCAUGCUUUUUAGGAGAUGGGAUUUGGGUUCUACUAGUAAUCUUCCUGUCAGAUACAAAGAUGAUGUCUAUGAUCGCAUAUGGAUGCCGAGUAGGUUUAAAAACCAUAUGAUACUAAAUACAUCACUCCCUAUUGAUCAAAACUACAACAACCGCUUCAACCCUGCUAGUGUUGUCAUGAGCACCGCGACAAGAGCGAUUAACGCUAGCGAUUACAUAAUUCUGUUUUGGGAACCGGCGGACCCUAGGUUGAAGUUUUAUGUAUAUAUGCAUUUUGCUGAGGUUCAAGUGCUCACAAGAAACCAGACGAGAGAAUUCACAGUUUAUUACAACAAUGACACAAGACUUGCUGAAAAGUUUAGACCUAGCUACUUGUAUACGGAUACAGUUUUCACACCAGAUCCAGUAACCGGACCAAUACAUGAGUUUUCUUUCGUACAAACCUCUGGAGAGAUGCUUCCACCGAUCAUUAACGCCAUGGAGAUAUAUCAAGUUAAUGAAUUCUUUCAGUUAUCAACUGAUCAAGAGGAUGUCGAUGCGAUGACGAAGAUCAAGGAUAAGUACAGAGUGAAGAAAAACUGGCAAGGAGAUCCAUGUGUUCCUGUUGAUUAUUCUUGGGAAGGUCUUGAUUGUAACCAUAGUGAUAACAUUACUAACCCAAGAGUCAUUUCUCUGAACUUAUCUUUUAGUGGAUUGACUGGACAGAUUGAUCCAGCCUUUUCCAAUCUUACAUCCAUAAAAAAACUGGACUUAGCAGGUAAUAACUUAACAGGAAAAGUACCAGAUUUCCUUGCAAAUUUACCAAAUUUAACUGAGUUAAACUUGGAAGGAAACAAGCUGAUAGGAAUAAUUCCACGAAAACUUCUUGAGAGAUCAAAGGAUGGAUCACUUUCACUGAGGUACGGUGGAAAUCCAGAACUUUGUUCGUCUGAUUCAUGCGAAAAGACAAAGAAAAAUAACGGUUAUAUCAUUCCAGUAGUAGCAUCAGUCAUAGGGCUGCUCGUUCUUUUCACCGCAUUAGCUUUAUUCUGGCAUUUCAAGAAAAGAUCACAUAAAGGUUCAAACAUUCAAAAAACAUUCAAAAGUUCAUUGUAUAUAAUAAAGAAAGACAUAAUCAUUAUAAACACUUCUAAUACUCCUUUGUUUGCAGGUACCAAUGAUGCCAAUACCGGUCCAUUAAACACAGCCCAACGAUACUUCAAAUACUCAGAAGUUGUGAGUAUCACAAAUAACUUCGAGAGAGUUCUCGGCAAAGGAGGUUUUGGUGAAGUAUACCAUGGAAUCUCAGAUGGAGAUCAAGUUGCAGUCAAGAUACUUUCUGAAGAAUCAGCUCAAGGUUACAAAGAGUUUAGAGCAGAGGUGGAAAUUCUGAUGAGAGUUCAUCACACAAACCUGACCUCUCUUAUCGGAUACUGCAAUGAGGGAAAUAAUAUGGUUCUUAUAUAUGAGUUUAUGGCUAAUGGGAACUUAGGAGACUACUUAUCAGGAAAAAUGUCAUUUAUAUUGAGCUGGGAAGAGAGGUUAAAGAUUUCACUAGAUGCAGCGCAAGGGCUAGAGUAUCUUCACUAUGGUUGUAAGCCUCCUAUAGUUCACAGAGAUGUGAAGCCAACGAACAUCUUACUAAAUGAGAAGAUCCAAGCCAAGAUUGCGGACUUCGGUUUAUCCAGAAGCUUCUCUGUUGAAGGAAGCGAUCAGAUUUCAACCGUUGUGGCUGGCACAAUCGGUUACCUCGAUCCCGAGUACUACUCGACGCGCCAAAUGAACGAGAAGAGUGAUGUUUAUAGCUUCGGAGUUGUUCUUCUUGAAGUGAUAACAGGGCAGCCUGUAAUUGCAUCCUCAAGAAGAGAGAAGAGGCAUAUAAGUGAUCAGGUCAGUUCAAUGUUAGCCAAAGGAAACAUCAAAGGGAUUGUGGAUCAGCGUCUAGGAGAGAGAUAUGAUGCUGGCUCUGCUUGGAAAAUGGCAGAAUUGUCCCUUGCUUGUACUGAGCAGAGGUCUACGCAUAGACCAACGAUGAGUCAGGUCGUUAUGGGGCUGAAACAGAUCUUUGAUGGCAGAGUGAACGAUCAUAAUAACCAAGGUGACUCGACAAAGAUGGUUACAGUGAAUCUGAAUUCCGAAAUGGGUCCUCAAGCAAGGUAGAUGAUUUUACUGCGUGCUGAAGAACAAAAUUUUUUUUUUUCUUUCAUUUAUAUCGCAUCUCAAUAAAAACGUUACGUAUAUAAAUUUAUUUACCUUACCUAUGUAAUAAACCCUCAAACUGCUUCCAUGCUUACCAUUGGUGACCUGACUCAUCUUAGGUUGUGGGCUUUUUGAUAAUACCAUUUCUUUUGCUUUAUGAAAUGAACCACUUUUGCUUGGGAAAUACUAAAGAAGAUUUUAUCUAAUGUUUCCUAUUAACGCUAGAGUGAAGUUAAUUUUUGGAAGUUGAUUUUCUUUAUUAAAUAUAAGAAAUUCCUUUAUAGGUUAUGAUACAAGAUAUAUAACCCUAAUCUAAUGUAAAGAGGAAAAUUAUCAAAACCAUAACAAAUCCAAAAACCGCAUAUCAUAUCGUUACUAGCUCUUUUGAUUUGGAGCUUUUCUUCAAGCUCCAGCUACAGUAUUCUUCUAUAAAUUUUCACCUUGUGUUUAAAACUCAAACUCAAUGACGUUAAUCUCUUCUUUCUCCUUUUUUCCUCCACGAACAUCUUUUGUCAAACGCAUGCCUUAAAACCACCGACGGAACAUCAUCGGGCGGAAUAUGAUUGACCAAAUUUCCCGCUUGGAAAAGAUCAUUGGACAGAAAAACUUCGGGCCUUUGAUUGAAUUGUCUCGCUCCCAAUAACUUUACCAAACACGCGUGGCAAUUGUCUUUAUUUAAGAAGUGGCACUUGCAUGUUUUGGCUAGAAUCAGUGGAUAAAGAUUCCUUAGAAGAAACAAAAGUUGGUGUCAUAGGAUCUUCUGUUAUUUGUGGCUCUGGUUGCUUCUUUUCCAAACACCAUUGUGUGGUUAAGUUCUUCUAUACCAAAAUUACACGUAACGUUUGAUUGCUAAGUCUCUGCCUUUUUUUGGUUCUCUUUCUCCAGUUUCAUCGCUUGGAAAUCUUGGAACAUUGUACUUACCUUAUCGAAUUGUCAUCAUGAAAUCAGAAAACAACUUGACGGAAACAAGAAUCAACUCCUCCCAUCGAAUUGUUUGGCUCUGAUAGCAAGUUGAUAUGAACCGACUUUUGCUUGAGAAAAAUUAAAGAAGAUUUUAGCUAAGCUUCAUAUUGACCCUAAACGCUACUGAAGUUCAAGGUUAAUUUAUAAAUGUUGGUGCAUUUUUAGUGAUCAUAAAAAAUUUCAAUAGGCAAUGUCCCAUGAUACAAGAUA